UAGUAUUCUUGGAACAGUAAAUACAUUUGUUACCAAAACAUCGGUCCAGUUACCGCACUAUCAUUUAUCUCUAACGUACGGCUCAGAGUUAAUACCGUAUAACCAAAUCAACCUCGGGUUUCCAAAUCCGCCACGUCAUCAAUCCCCGUCCAAAACCCCUCCACCAAUCACAACCCACCUCCCUUCCCUAUAUAAACAUUCCACGCACUCCCCACCCUGAAAUCACUCACUCUCUCUCGAUCAUCAUCAAAUCAUCAUCAACAAUGGCUCCGACGAAGGCCGAAAAGAAGCCGGUGGCGGAGAAGUCCCCGGCGGCGGAGAAGAAGAUCCCCAAGGAGGGCGGCGUGGAGGUGAAGAAGAAGAAGAAGGUGAAGAAGAGCACGGAGACGUAUAAGAUCUACAUAUUCAAGGUCUUGAAGCAGGUGCAUCCGGACAUUGGGAUCUCAAGCAAGGCCAUGGGGAUCAUGAACAGUUUUAUCAAUGAUAUAUUCGAGAAGCUGGCGCAGGAGGCGUCGAGGUUGGCUAGGUAUAACAAGAAGCCGACGAUUACGUCGAGGGAGAUCCAGACUGCUGUUAGGUUGGUGCUGCCGGGAGAGCUGGCCAAGCAUGCAGUCUCUGAGGGAACCAAGGCCGUCACCAAGUUUACGAGUUGUUGAUUGGUUAAUGUUUGUUUUCUGUUUUCGUGUUUGGAUUUGGGAAGGAUGGAUGAUGAUCCGGAGUUUUCUGUGUAGGAUGGAGUUUCUGAGUUGUGUGUUUUUCUAGAUUGGGAUUGACGU